CAGACGAUUCAUUUGAACUGGAAGCCAUGUGCAAUGAGGACUCAUCUUGGCACCCUUGUCGAGUAUCCCUCAGCUGUUCUGAAGAAAGUCUGGUUGUACAUUUUGGGAGCCACGAGCUGGAAGAUAUGCUGUUGAAGAAGGAAGAAGUUAUUAUUCAUCUUCGUUUUCGAUCUAUGCCGCUUCGAGAUGAUGACUGCUGCCGCAUUGAAGAAGGUGAACGAGUUCUUGUCAACCGAAAAUUGCAAUCCAAGAACAUCUUCUACGAUGCUUCGGUGGAAAAGGUGGAAAGAAUUCGACACUCAAGAAGGAGCUGUAGAUGUACUUUCAUGAUCAAAUGGCUCGAUAACGAGCUUGAAGGACAGACGCUUACUGUACCAUCAAGUUCAAUCAUGAAGCUUUCUACCAAGAGCAUCGGUGACUAUCCAAUUGUUCAUAUACUCUUAAAACCAGAAAAAAAUCCAGAUUUAUCAUAUUCAUCUCCUUUAUUGACCAUUCCCGACGAGAUUGAUGCUGACAUAGAACUUAAUAAGUUGCUGCAAAAGCAAAUAGAACAGAUUACCAACUUAGCUGAUGCACCCGAGAAAGAUUUUCAGGAUGAUUUUCUAUGGAGAAACAAAGUUCUUAGCAAGGGACAAACACCCCGCAAGCCUACUGUUGAAUCCAAUUCAUGUAUUCCAUCCUUGAAGAGGAUGACAAGGAGUAAAACGAAACUGCAAGUGGAUAUAGAAACGAAGGAUCAAUUCGGCACUGCAGCUUCCAUGCAAGAAGAAUUCAAUCAGAAUAGGUCUCAACUACGCCCUCUUGCUUCCCGUGCGGCUCUAGCAUCGUCCUUGUUAAGUGUCAAGAAGUGUCUUGAAAUGGAUUUUAAUUCAUGUAUGACUGACAACAUGUUUAUGAAGGGUAAACAUUUGGCCAUCUCAGUUCCACUUGUUUCAGAUGCUUCCCAUAAAAUAUCGUCACUAUUUUCAGCCAAAGGAGAUGAAUCAUGCAAACCUUCCUCUUGUGUACCAACUAAGGUUUGGGGAAACGAAAAUAAGACCUCAGAAAAGAUCAACUGUAAUGCUGAAGAUAAGAUCUUUGCUCCUGUGAAGGUUACAGCUGAAAAAGUUACCACUGAAGCUGCUAUGACUUCUGAACUUGCAGUUGCUAGAGAUAAGAAGUCCUCAGUACUAAAUGAUUUUAAUGCAAGUUCAACAGCUCCUAUGAGAUUAACUCGCUCAGCGAUGCGAAAAGGGGCUGUUUCUCCAAAUGAAUGCAUUGAGGUUAAGAUCUGCGCCGACAACCAAAAGAGAAGGAUAUCUGGGAACAAAAGCAAGUUGUGUCAUUCAACAGUUCAUCAAGAAAAUGAAAAUUUGGCCAAAGAAGAAGAUAACAACUCAACUCCUCUUACAGUUUCAGGUUCAUCUGAAAGAAACAUUGCUAUUCCUGAGAGCAAUGUAUCUUCAGUGGAAAGAACAAAAUCCAAAAAGACAAAAGAUGCCUCUGCGCCAUGCCAGGAUGGACAGGUUGUUAGGACUGAUCACAGCAAGAAGAGAAAAGUGGUUAAUGCCAAUAAGCACGGCCAACGUUUUUCACCUCGAAAUCUUCUACCUCAGACUCGCUCCCAGAGCAGGUCCCACCUCAGGAAGAGAACCUAUUAGCAGUUAGAACACUUAAAUUGCUAGCUCAAGUGUACUGGACAUGAUCCGUAAUAGUUAUAACUUGUUGCUCUAUAUAAUGAAAAUGUUGAACAUGAUAAGAUGUUGCAGGUUAAUAGGGUUAUGAAUAGUUUUUCUAUGUACUGGACAUGCUGUCAUCAAUAUGCAGUGCUCUUUUGAACUCAGCUAUCUGUUAUUAUUACUAUUAUCGUUCUGCUGUGUGAUGCUGAACUGCAUAUUGGUUGAGUUUACAGCAGACAUACUUCCAUCGAUAC